AUCGUAAUCAACCACAUAUAUAGGAACGCAUUGAGCAUACACGAAAAUCUAAAGCUAUUGUCCCAGAAAAUGUGUAACUUUCGCCUUUCUUUUCACUCCAGGGGCUUAGUAAGAAAGGCUCCAACAGGUGGUUUACUGCUUCAUUUUCACUGCAUAAAAGGGGAUUAAAGGCGACAAGGAAAUAAAGAAUAAUACAACCCAAAUCUAAAUCACACUUUCGGUUGCCUGUGAAGAUACAAUCUAGAAGGACUCUAGAAAAGGCACAGAAAAUAAAAACCGCAAAAAGGACAAACUCUUCGCCUGGUAGAGUGCAUAAAGCGUGGUGCUUUUGUUUGCAUACAAAUUAUAAACUGUGAUAAUCUGUACGGGAGACGAAGGAUAUGUACACCCUGACCCCUGAUGAUUAGGGUUAUCGAAUGAUAUGCCGUACUGUCGUAGGUGUGUGCCUGUGUAGGUGUGAAAGUGAGUGAGUGCUUCUGUUUCUGAAUAAAGAGACUGAUAAAAAGGUUGUGGAUAAAGCAACAGGGAGGUGAGAAAGUGAGACUGGUUUAGUAAAGUGUACGCCAGUGUCAAGUGUUGUUUUGUACCGCAGUGAAAAGGGAAAUUCCCGUUUUGAGUGGACAGCGGCCAGAAAAAAACGGUUUCGAAGAAAGCUCUAGUGCAAUAUACGUUAUGUGAGUGUGUUUGUGUGAGUGGGUGCUUGUGGAGUGAAAACCAAAGUCUUGGCAGCAAACCGGAAGGCUCGCACUCUGUUGCUUCAGCUCGUAAAUCGUGUACCUACUUGAGCCAGCAACCUUGCAAUCGCUUAGGCCUCUUCUUCUAGUUUCCUGUUCCACGCGCCACUAACGGUGUGUGUGUGUGUUUUAUCAACGGUUUUUUUGUUCUGAGUUUCAUGGAACACUAGCAUGGAUUUGAUAUCGCUACCACCCUGCUCGAGACGCACGGAACUGACGGCAAUGGCGAACGAGCAACCGAUGGCAUUGUCGCCGGCGUCCACCUCGGCGAUUAAGAUCUCGACGACAUUUUUAAAGACGCCUGUCAAAACGGACCAGGAAAUACUCCAAAACUCCAUGCUGGAAGAUGACCCAAAUUCCAACACAAUACUCCCAAGCAACGAGCUGAGCGAAGAGCACCGUACGAGCCUGGAGAAACCGGCACGCUGGGGACCACGGCACAAAGGAGCACAGGAGCUGGCGAAGCUGUACAGUAAUGGAAAGCGAACUCAGGAACUGAUCUGUGUCUAUAUUUGCAUCUCACUAAUGAUACUGAAUUUGGGCUUAAUAUUGCGGCACUUCCGUUUGGAGCGCAUCAGCAACGUAGUAGUGGCCGCCAUUUUUGGCAUUCUGACGGCAGACUUCGGUUCGGGGCUGGUACACUGGGGUGCCGACACCUGGGGUUCCGUAGACUUGCCCAUCGUGGGUAAGAAUUUUCUUCGGCCAUUCCGGGAGCAUCAUAUUGAUCCGACGUCCAUCACGCGCCAUGACUUUAUCGAAACGAACGGGGACAACUUUAUGGUCGCACUACCGAUUCUCGGGAAGUUGGCGUGGAACUUCUUCACCAAAACGAACGCAGAAAUACAGCAGGACUAUGCCAUCAGUGCGUACUUGUUUCUCUGUUCAAUCUUCAUUGCCAUGACGAAUCAGAUUCACAAGUGGUCCCAUACGUACUGGGGCCUACCGAAGUGGGUCCUGUUUCUGCAGAAUCAUCAUAUCAUUUUGCCAAGACGCCAUCAUCGCUUUCACCAUGUGGCACCUCACGAAACGUACUUCUGCAUAACGACGGGUUGGUUGAACUGGCCGCUGGAAAAGAUAAAGUUUUGGUCAACGCUGGAAGCAAUCAUUGAACUAUCGACAGGCCAUAAACCCCGGGCGGAUGAUUUCAAAUGGGCUCAAAAGCGUACUUGAUCUUUUUCCAUCAUGGUGUUUCCGCUAAACCUUACCAUGCAGGCUGUACAAUUAUAUUGCGUGAUAUCAAAAGUUCUGAGCUAGGAUGAUAACGAUAUUGGUAAAAAACGAACAAACGGACUAACAGAAUCGCAUUUGAAUUGCACUCACACAAAACCCAUUUUACCAGUAGUGUUUUGUACAAAUAACAACGCGAUGGCCGAAAAGAAGCUUCAGCGCUGCAUUAAAUCGUACAUCGUUGCUUUAUGUAUUUUAGGACAGUUUUUAUCGUACGGUUUGAGCAAUUUUGAUAUUUUAUAGAUCCAAUGUCUGUACGAUGCAAUGUUAAACUGCAAGGUAAGAGAAGAAAAAGCUGUGAAAGAUCACAUGCAAAAAGCUACAAACAUUGAAUUAAACUAAGCUAACAAUUAAGCAGAAUUGCCUCAGGAAGUUAAAGUUAAAAGGGAGUGAACGCCUGCAACAGAGCAUUAUUUAAGUCAAAAUCAGAGUCCUUUAUGCACAAAAUCAAUUGAAAAAUUAAAUGAAACGGAUAUAAAGUAUGCUGUGGAUAGGUUUUGGAGAGUAUUGAUUCAGUGUGAGAUACAAUAAAGAAUUAAUCGAAAUUCCGGCUAUUGUUUAAAUUUACGGAAUUUUACAUCACUUUUUUAUUUGUUGUGGAUAAUUGUAUACGACCAUUUUGAAAUUGAUAGAUAAUGCUUAUUUAUUUAUGAACAAAAUUUGAAUUCAUGAACAAAAUUCUUAUUUGACACGCGAUGCCUCAUUGUACAACAAGCACAAGAACAAGCAACAAAGUUACAAAUGAAAAAGCAAAAAGAGAAAAAUACAUGAAAUAAAGCUUACGCAAUACAACUAUAUUUUAGCAAAAAACAAAAAAAUGCACAGAUACAAAUACGACACUUAUUCACACUAGCGUAAGACACUAAAUGUACAAUCACUUUUUUGAAUGUAUUAUAUAGCGGCAUAUAAGGGUUUGGGGAACAAUAAACACACUGUGCUACAAUUUUUAAACCGUAAGGAUAAGAUUAGUAGAGUCGAACACUAGUUUUGUGAAUGAAACCCUAACAAAACGAUUGUUAUUGAAGUAUUUGAAGGAAGUGAAGCAGUAAAAGCGAGCAGAUAAACGAUGAGCAAGCGCUUUUUUGCACAAAGUACAGAAUCAUGUUAAAGAGUAAGUUUCUGUUAAAGAAGCAAAGCUAAAGGAUUUUGUUGGAGAAGGAGGGAUGAUUUAUUUAGUAGUUUGAUUAAGUUGUACAUUAUACGAGAUGAUCAUAUGAAUACAUCGCUUGUAAGCAAA